AUGGCAAUUUCAAAUGUAGACCUUAUGGAAAGUGAUAACGUAAGCCAAGGUGACUGCUCGUGUAGCUCCGAGACAACUGCAGGUACUGAGAAUAGCACGAGCGAAGAUGAUGGGAAGGGGAUUCAAAUUAAGAUUAAGAGAGCCAUCGAAAAUGGUAUACUGGAUGAUGAGAAAAAAAAAAGAAAAAGGAAACUCCUCAAUUUUGAUAGAAGCUUCAAAAAAAGAAAAAAUUUGAAAAUCGAACAGGAGGGAUUCAGAAUUAACAUUCGGAAAUUCAGACUGUUUAAAAUUGACCACGUGAAAAAAAAAGGAGAGGAAAUGCUCCCCCCGGCGAGGAAUGACCGGGAUGGACCCACGGGGGCUGACGCGGAAAAUGUGGGUGCUGCGGAGUGA